GUUCAUAAUUACUCCUCGUCAUUCAUUAGCGUGGCUGGUGAUUAGUAAGGGGUCAGCUUCUUCCAGAAUUUUAAACAGCAAAUCAGGCUGGACCUCCUGGGAAGAGCUAAUGAUCAGAAAACAGGGGUAGGAAGAUGGCCCCGGAGGGGGGGGAUUGAAGGAAUGAUUAAUAAUCCCCCAAACCAAUCAUUUCUCCUCAGGAGCCCUCGCACCCACAUUUCCAUCACUCCCGGCUCUGGUUAUCGGAAGAACUUGUUCGCUAAGACUCGGGGGAUUUGGCCGCUGAGGGUCUGAAGCUGGGGUCCCGGACUUCGGGAGCCGCCUGGCGGGUGACGCUAUCCGGGUGGAGUGGGGGGAGGCGGCCCCUAGGGACGUCCCCUCCUCCUCCCCCCUCCUUCUGCAGCCACCGCCACCCCUGCAGCCACCGGUUGUCGCGGUCUGGAAAGUUUGUGCUGAGCGCCAGGGAGUCGGAAGCAGGGAUCCCGAAGCCGGGAUCGGGGCUCGGUGGUCGGGAAAGCUGAGAUCCAGCCCCUGCCCUAGGACUGCGGGGAAGAGACUGGGCUCAGGACCCUCGAGAGCCGGAAGGCUCACGGCGAACACCUGCUGGCGGCUGGUAGGGUCCAAGUAUAUACCUCAAUCUUUGACCUUCAUUCUGACUUCAUUCCCUUUCUCUCUGGAGCCUACUUCCUCUAGCUCCCAACGAGAGCUAAAUGUCCUUGGGAAAUUUCAGUGGAUAGUUGCCACCAGACCUCUGAUGCCCACCCAGAUGUGGGCCACAGCUGUCCAGAGGCAUGCUUCUCACUCAUGUCUUGUUGCUACUGCUGUUGAUCUCCUGUCAGCUGCAGGCUUCUUCUGCCCAAGUGAUGGAUUUCCUCUUUGAAAAAUGGAAGAGCUACAGCGAUGAGUGUCACUACAACCUGAGCCUGCUGCCCCCUCCCACGGAGCUGGUCUGUAACAGGACCUUUGACAAAUACUCCUGCUGGCCGGACACCCUCCCCAACACCACAGCCAACAUCUCCUGCCCUUGGUACCUGCCUUGGCAUCAUAAAGUGCAGCACCGAUUUGUCUUCAAGAAAUGUGGACCUGAUGGGCAGUGGGUCAAAGGGCCCCAAGGCCAGGCCUGGCGCAAUGCUUCUCAGUGUCAAAUGGACAUCAGUGAGCUCUGGUCACAGAACAAGUCUGCUCAGAUGUACAGCAGUUUCCAGGUGAUGUACACUGUGGGCUAUUCAUUGUCCUUAGGAACGCUGCUCCUUGCCCUCCUUAUCCUGCUGGGCUUCAGCAAGCUGCACUGUACCCGUAACUACAUCCACAUGAAUCUGUUUGUCUCCUUCAUUCUCAAGGCCAGCUCUGUGCUGGUCAUUGAUGUCCUGCUCAAGACGCGAUACAGUCAGAAGAUUGGAGAUGACCUCAAUGUGAGCGUCUGGCUCAGUAAUGAGGCGGUGGCAGGGUGCCGAGUGGCCACGGUGUUCAUGCAGUACGGCAUCGUGGCCAAUUACUGUUGGCUGCUGGUGGAAGGUGUCUACCUGCACAACCUGCUGGUGCUGGCUGUCUUCUCAGAGAAGAGUUACUUCAACCUCUACCUGGGCAUCGGAUGGGGGGCCCCCAUCCUCUUUGUCAUCCCCUGGGUUGUGGUGAAAUUUUUCUAUGAGAACAUCCAAUGCUGGACCAGCAAUGAUAACAUGGGUUUCUGGUGGAUCCUCCGAUUCCCUGUCUUCCUAGCUAUCCUGAUCAACUUCUUCAUCUUCAUUCGUAUCAUCCAGAUCCUCAUUUCCAAACUUCAGGCUCACCAGAUGCGAUACACUGACUACAAAUUUCGGCUGGCCAAGUCAACGUUGACUCUGAUCCCUCUUCUGGGCAUCCAUGAGGUGGUGUUUGCCUUCGUGACGGAUGAGCAUGCCCAGGGCACCCUACGCUCCAUCAAGCUUUUCUUUGACCUCUUUCUCAGUUCAUUCCAGGGCAUGCUGGUGGCAAUUCUCUAUUGCUUCGUCAACAAGGAGGUUCAGGCAGAGUUGCUGAAAACCUGGCGUCGUUGGCAGCUCGGGAGGGCCCUGGAGGAGGAGCAUCGCCACACGUGCAGCCACAUGAGCUCCGGCCGGCCGGGGUCCACCUGCCCUGGGGAGAAGCGCCAGCUGGUCAGCUGUAGCAGCACCAGCAAUGGGGCAGGAGGCAGUCAGGCAAACGCUCUAACUCGAAGCUCCUAUCUUGAGAAGACUGGGGUCAGCUCCUGUGACCCAGACACUGAGGACAGGGGAACCACCUUUCCUGGGCUGGCAGAGAGCAACUUCUGAGCCUUCUGUGUGAGGAAGGGGCUUCUGGACCCAGAGCCUGGAACCUGGAAGGUGGAGCAGCAGGUCAGGAGAAACCUAGAAAGUCGAGGGAGCCCAUCUGGAGAGAGGUGACAUUACCCAAAGGACUCAGAGGCAGUGUGGUGCUGUGGAAAAAAACACUCAGUUGACUCAGCUUGGUGGUUAACUAGUUGUGUGACCUUAGGCAAAUAUUUUCCCCACUCUCAAUUUUAUUUUCUAUAUUUGUAAAUGAGUCGGACUAAGUGAGUUCCAAGGUUCCUUUCAGCUCUAAUAACCUAGAAAUCUAAAAUCUAGAGUCUAGAAUCUGUAGCCCAGAAGUUGGAGAUCAGUGUCUUAAGGCUAAGGGAAAGACAGGCAGAUGGAAUGAAUUGUGGUGGGAGAAGGGAAGCAGAACAAGUGCCCUGGUACUCCCCUGUCUGGGUACCAAGUAGUGCUAUCUGUCCUUUCUGUAGCUCUUGCUACAGACAAAAACCAGACUCAUAGAGAAUGUGGACCAGCGUCUCCACAUGGAGUCAUAUCUGUGUAGCAAGUGUUAAUGGGAUGGUGUGGUAUUAAACCACUCCUAUUUCCUCCUGCCCUCCUACUGACUUAUCCAAAUAGGUUUUCCAGUAUGAAUGUUCUUUCUCCAUUCUGGAAAGUGGUAUGAAAGAAUCUGUAACUCUCCAUAUCUUUUUGCUAGUUCCAAGUUCCCAGCCAAAGACAACUAUUUCUGGCAAAACACCUCAGUGUUAUUUCUAUGUCUUUCCUGGGGAUGUUUUCCCCUCAUUAGCUUCCUCCAGACCAUAUUCCCAAUAAGUUCACCUUGACUAACAGAUGAGGUGAUUCACAUGUGAAGACAGUAUCUAACAUAAUUAAGGUAAUUAAAAUAUAAAGACAACCAACAUAUUAUCUUUACAAACACAAAAUAAAGGUUUAAAGCAAAUAAAAAUAAGCAGACUUUCUUCAUGCCCAAAGGAAAACCUCUGGGCUCAUGUGAAAGAGCUCAAUAUAGGAUUACCUCCUUGGAAUCAUAAUAGUGAAGGAAGAGGUUUGGGAAAUUGGAACAGCUUCUGUCAAAGUAGCUUCAUUCCCAGAGUUUCAGCCCCUUUCUUCUUGGCGAUUGCCUCAACCCAUAAUCCCUCUCUCCCCAGUUCUCUAUGGCUUCUAAAAACUUCUCUUUUUUCCAGCUUUAUGAGUCUUUUACAGGUCCCUUUAGAAAAUGGGAUCUUUCAAGACUUUUUUCCAGACUCAAUGAACUGACUUCUACAAGUCACCCAGACGGGUGACCCAUCAUUCCUCCUCCUAUCAUGUGGCUUCCUUUCUGAUUCAUUCGAGGGACCUCAUAAUUUGUACCUCAUAAAGGGAUUUACCAGCAUGGUCAAAUUUUUGCACCUAGUUUCAAUACCACUAUCCCUUUUCUGUGAUUAAGUCUGUGAAAGACCAACUCCCUUACCUGUUUUCCUUCCUCCUUCCCUGAUGUCAUGUCAAACUCUGUCUCAGAUCCCAGGAACCAUCCAACUGAUCUCUGCACAGCAGGGCAGGGAAUGUGGACCAGUCAGUUGGGGUGACAUAGACGGCAGAUAGAUCCUGCAGGUCUCCAUGGAGAAGAAAGCUCUGGAUGUCAAUGAGCAUUUAGGGAUCGGAGCCAGGCUGGGGUGGAGGGGGAAUGAGGAAGGAGGAGAGUCAAUAUGUUGUGUGUGAUGUCUCUGUGUGUUUAUGUGCACGUGUCUUGAUUUCUGUAUAUGUUCCUGCAUGCAUGUGAAUUUGUAAUGCUGCAAAAUAAAUAACUCCCACAGUU